CACACAUAAAAACAUCGAUUGUCGGGCACCUCUAUUUUAUAAAAUUAAUACAGUACACAUAAAGCGAAACGAAAAACACAGUGCAGGCUAAACGGUCAUUUAAAUUAAGAGUGAAGUCAACGCGGAUUGAGCGCAGGCACAUCAAGUUUUUGGCAUUCGAUCCACAGGACACCAUAUACAGCAACAGCAACAAUAACAAUCAAACUACGCACCGAACCGAACCCCAGGCACCGACCGAUUAACGCCCUCCCCGAUCCCGACGCCUGCCCGCACUUUUGCACACUCAUACACACACACACACACACACACCAGGGCACGAACACUCGCCAGCCAGCACCCCUCGCUAGCUCGCCGUUCCCCCCCGCGCAUACACACUCACACACAGAUAUCAUCUUUACGGACGGAGUGGACAGACCAACCGACGGGCAUUCAUUAUCACCGCAGCACAAACAUACACACACAUACGCGGUGUUGCUAUUGUUGUCUACUGCUCUCGACUGCUCCCCACCACCCACCCAUCCAUCCAUCCAUCCAGCUCCCAACUCCUGCUCAAGCGCGGCGCCCCGUCAAAGCAGUUAGAAGCAGACAAAGGAGCAGAGCAGCGCCUGCCGUCGGUAGGGGGGAGGGGAGGCCGGAACUGUCCGGCGCUAGUGUGUCCCAAAGGCAGCAGGAACGAGGCAUCAAAGGAGCCCAGAAAUCGAAAUCCGAGGAGGAGCCGUGAACUGUAGCUGUAGAGGCUAGUGGAGAGGAGAGGCGAGGUGAGGAGGAGGCGGUGGAGGAGCAGCAGCAGCAGUAGCAGGAGGGGUUCUCUAUGGGUCAAAAGGCGAGCACACCGGCGACCAGUGGCCAGCAGAGCCCGCGCUCAAGGACAUUCUCGAGCAGCUCCACGGGAGCCGCUGACACAUCGCCACAAGGUGGGGACUCGGGUGUCGUCGGCAGUCGCCAUGUCGUCGGCGGUGAUGGCGGCCAGGGGUUCAAUUUGCUGCGCACGCUGCCGGGACUGCAGGUGUACCACAAUCAAAACUCCAGUUCCAUAGACAGGCAGAGGGCGCGCAGCCUCAGCUCGGUGCCGGACAUCCAGCAGCAGCAACAGCAGCAGCAGCAACAGGGCUCGAUCACCUCGUCCGGCAGCAGCCCACACGCACACACACACAACACACACUCACCACACACUGGCGUUGCCGUGUCCGUGUCGGCGAACCCGGCGAAUAGCAACAACAGCUUCUCCGCUGCUGCCAACAACAAUGGCACCUCGACGCAAUCCUACAUGCCCCAACGACGCACCCUAGGCGACUCCAUACGGGAUAUGGGACUCACUGGCGGAACCAUCGCCGAGAGCAUCGCCCUGGCCGCGUCUGCCACUUCCGCCAAUGGGAUCGGACGCGUUUACACAGCCACAUCACUUCCAUCGCACAUCUGGUCCUUCAAUGGUAUCAAGUGCCCAGUGUGCAACAAAUUUGUGCUCCCCGACGACAUUGAAUGCCACCUGGUGAUGUGCCUCACGAAACCACGUCUCUCAUAUAACGAGGAUCUAUUGUCGGACGCCAAGGGCGAGUGCGUCAUCUGUCUGGAGGACUUGAGUCCAGGCGACACAAUUGCACGGCUGCCAUGUCUCUGCAUCUAUCACAAAGGAUGCAUCGAUCGUUGGUUUGAGGUGAAUCGCUCCUGUCCCGAACAUCCAGGAGAUUAGUAAUCAUCAUAAGUGUUUGCUGUUGAUGUUUGCUCGUUGAGUUGUUCGUUAUGCAAGAGAUCGGGAAAGUACGGAGACGGAAGGAAGAGACGAGAACAAGAACGAGAAGUACUGGCAGCAGCACCACAUUGGUGCCAGGUGCCAGUCGCCAUCACCAUUCGCCAGAUGCCAGAUGCUAGGUGCCAAGAGGUGCGUGGGCCAGGGGCUCCCCAGGCUACAGUUUUGCGUAACACAGCAGGGUGUGAAGAGGGGAGGAGAUGCUACCGUAUAUCGGAUAAUUUGACUUACCGCCCCUCCGCGCGUAAACGUAACGACCCGAUCGACUGCUGCAACACACAUAUACACACACACACAGCCCCCACGCACCCACAAACACACACACAAAUCAAUUGAAAGAAAUUAAUUUACAAAAUGCUAAACUGGCAUUAGUAAUACAUAUAUUAUGAUGAUAGAAACGAUACCAACCAACCCACAAAUAAAACACCAACCACAACAACAAGGACAGAAGGCCACAACGUCGAUGGAUAGAUGCGAGGGAUCGAAAGAUCGAAAGAUGGAAAGAUCGAAAGAUAAUGAUGGGAAUGUUAAGCGAAGCAACCAACCAACCAACAAAAGAAUGUCAACCAAUGUGAUGUUAAAUUUUAUAUUUUGUAACUAUAACGAUAAUGCUGUAAUUGUAAAUGUAAUUGUACGAGUACUAUAUGUUUAUG